UUCCCUUGGGGCACGCUGCGCCUCUGCCCCACGGGCGGAGGGAGGGCAGGGCCGGGUCGGGCCGGGCUGAGCUGGGGGUAGCUUUGUCACUCGCUCGCCGGUGUGCGUUCGGGAAGGGAAGGGGGAGGGGAGGCCGUAGCCGGCAGCGCUGACAGCCGGGGCGCGGGGUGGGGAGCACCCCACUCGCUCAGCCCUUGCGCCCCGCUGCUCGAGGCUCCCGGGGAGGCGGGGAGCGAGCCCUGCGGUGCUCGGCGGGCAUAUCGCCAGGCGGCCCCACGGGAGGGAAGGGGACGGGGGAAACUUCCGCGGGGGCUGGGCAGCGGGUGGGGAGACGGCAGUGGCGGGGCAAGGCGAUCGGAGCGGUUGUGGCGCGCUCCGAAACCGUACGACCAGCGGGUGCCUCCGCGCUGUGGUGGGGAUUUGGCGUCGGUGUGGCUUUUAUAACCAUCCCUCGUUAGCAUAGCGCCGCUCGCCCCGCCCCCGGGCGUGCUGAUUGGUGGACGCCUUCCCCACGGGCCGUCCGCGGCUCGCCUCCUCUCCCUGAUUUGGCCGCGGGGCGGGUCGUCCCGCCUUUCGCCCCGCCCCCGCGUGACGUUUCGAGAAGCAACUUUUCUGUGGCGUUGAUUUGAAUAUCUCGACCUGCCCCGGCCUCUGGGCUGCCAUUGGCUGCAGCGCCAGCAGCGGGCAGGCCAACCUUGGGCGUCCGGAGGCCGGCGGCGUCGCGGGAGGGGGGAAGCGGCUGGACCCGCCUCCUCCCGUUCGUGAGUGGCGCGGCAGCUCUGGAGGGGCGGGCGCGAGGUAGCUCCGCGCGCGGUGAUUGGCUCUGUGCUUUUUUUACUCUUUGAUUCUUCCGGCUUUCAAUUGGGCGCGGGGCGACAGUAGGGGCGGGCUUUCCUCGUCGCCCUCUCUGAUAGGCGGAAUGGCGGGAGGGCCGCCUCCGCUCCUCUCCGGGCCCCUCCUACCCCGCUUCCUCUGCUCCGGCUGUUGCGCUGCGAACCGGGGAACCGCCGCCGGUUUCCUGCCGGAGAACAAUAGAUGCUCCGUCACAUCCGGGGCGCGGGUGGCGCUGCCGUGCAUCCCGGGGUGCCUCUGCGGCUCCGGCGCUGGGAACGGACGCGUUGGGGGAGCUGCAGGCGCUGGGAAUUAGUGCUGCUAGGUUCCGCCGCUUGCAGAGUGCUGCACGUCCUGACUUGUUGAGCUCGGGAGGGGCGGAGCGUUAGCUGGAGUAGUGAGAGCCAAGCUCCUUGUUGGAGGUAGCUGGUAACAGCGUGAGAUGCCGGUGCUAGUCAUGCCGGUGACUAACAGGGCCGUAUAAAGCCUGUGUGUGCUUCACGUGUCAGCAUGCGUCUUCGGAAUGGAUUUGUUCAAGUGCCCAGGGGUGGCAAAACGGCAAUGUCAGCGCAGAAAUGGACAGCAUCGAGAUCUCUUAAACCAAAACACCACCCCCAACAGCAACAGAACACUUUAGGAAAUAAUUCUAUACAGCUUUAGCAAAGACGUUUGCAUAUGGGUUGAUAAUUUCCACUCAGUGAGCUGGGGUGAGAUUCCGUAUUUGUGUGCAUCUUGCUCAUCUAAGCCAGAAUGGACUCACCUGGGAAAAAGGAAAGCUGUGAGCAGAACGAUGACAGAGGUGUCUGUGAAGCCAAGUCCUCAUGAGUUAGGAUGGCUGAGUGUGUAGAUUCUGAAGGACUUGGAUGACUACUAUGAAAAGUUCAAACGAGAGAAUGACGCUGUGCAGAAGAGAAGAAUGCUGCACUGCAUUCAGAGGGCAUUGAUUCGGAGUCAGGAGCUGGGAGAUGAGAAGAUCCAAAUCGUCAGUCAAAUGGUAGAGCUGGUCGAGAACAGAUCCAGGCAAGUGGACAGCCAUGUGGAACUGUUUGAGACUUGCCAAGAGACUAAUGACACCACUGGAAACAGUGGGAAAGCCAGCCAGGAUAAGUCAAAGAAUGAGACAAUCGCUCAAUCUGAGAAGCCCAACAACAAGAGGUCAAGGAGGCAAAGAAAUAAUGAGAAUCGAGAAAAUGCUUCAAAUAAUCAUGACCACGAUGACAUCACUUCAGGAACUCCAAAGGAGAAGAAAGCAAAAACGUCCAAGAAGAAGAAACGAUCCAAGGCUAAAGCGGAGCGGGAAGCUUCUCCCCCAGACCUUCCCAUUGAUCCUAACGAGCCAACAUACUGCUUAUGCAACCAAGUCUCUUAUGGAGAAAUGAUAGGAUGCGAUAAUGAUGAGUGCCCCAUUGAGUGGUUUCACUUUUCGUGUGUGGGACUCAAUCACAAACCGAAGGGCAAGUGGUACUGCCCCAAAUGUAGAGGAGAAAAUGAGAAAACUAUGGACAAGGCGUUGGAGAAAUCGAAAAAAGAAAGGGCCUACAACAGGUAGUUUCUAGACUUUUCGUGGAAAAGAAAAAGAAAACCACCAAACCAGUGUAUUUAUUGUCAGUGUCACCUUUGUUGAGGUGAAAGGAUUGUAAAAUGUAUAUUUUUAAAGGAGGUUUAAAACUGAACCAUUCCUGUUACAGGGACGGCAAUAAAAGCAGUUUUGUUUUUCACUUGGUAAGCUGUAACAAGAAUAUGGUCUGUGGACCAAUGUAUUCCAAAAGCGAAGUUAUAAGAGUUCAAACUAAAUAUCCAGGUGGGUCUUAAAAGAUAAAUGAAUACAUAACUUUUUUUUUUUCCUCCCAGUGCUUGUAGCACAGCAACCAUUACAAUGUUGACGGUGAAUAUUUCUGAAAUGUAAUUUCUUUUUCCUUAUGGAAGAAUGUUACUUAACAUUUGAGCAGAAUUGUUAAAAUAGUUGAGCCCUCUGGUUGUAUCUGAAUAAAGCUGCAGUAUAUUACACAUGUCAUUUCUUUCGGUGAUGAGCAGUGCAAGGUCAAACUGAAGGAGGGUACAAUUUGGUUCCUGCUACGAAGUGCCAGUAUAACAGUUCGACAGCAAACAUUUUAAUAGGCUUAGGGGAUUAUUGAAAAGAAAAGCCAGUGGUUAAAUUUUACACGGCAGAUAUUUUAUAUUCUGGCCGAGUACCACGAGAACAAUUUUAAAAUGAUUGAAUAUGUUUUAUAUUUAACCAGGAAGUGGUUUAGUAAUGACUUAACAUAAAUGAAGCUUUAUACUGUCACCCAUAGUAGUGUAGCAAUCCUUAAUUUGUUUAAGUUGUAUAAAUGUACAUUUUUAAGUGGAAUUGCACUUAAUGUAUUAUACUUGGAAGUGCAGCCAAAUGCCAUUGUGUAACCAAUGUGCAUUUCCUGCUGUUAUGUAUGAAAAUUGUACAGCUGUGAUAUUAAGAAAUAAAUGAAACAACUUUGA